GGAUUGUUACGCCGACAAGCGACUAGAGAUUUAUGAAGAGAUGGCACUUGAAGAUGAGCCACUUUUGAUGGAUGCACUUGCUGAUGCUAUCAGCUUCACUAAUCUGGCGAGGAACGCUUAUCUGCUCUCCGCCUUUAAGAAAAUUGCCGCACUAUACGGCCGAAUGCGACCCCAUGCUGAGGCCAUCCGAUCGAUCAGGGAAGGAAAA